UUCUAUUUCUAUUUGGAAUUGUUGAAGCUGAACGUGGGUUUUUUGCCCCCCUGUUUAUCUACAGAUGUCUAACCAGAGAGGUCACUGUCAGCUGAUCCCACCUUCAGACCUGGAUGGAUCCUACCUUGGUGUAGCUAGACUGCAAACUUUGUAUAAGAACCACAACUUAACUCGUAGAAGCCCUAAUCUUCAACCUUCAAGUCGACCUGGUAGGAAUAGGGGUGUCCUGGAGGCCAGUCCCCCCAGAUGCCAAACAGAGGCCGGGAAUGGUGGUCUUUUGGAAAACGGGGUGCACCAUCAAUGCAACCACAGGGCAUCUCCUGCAGCGCAGACGUUGACUCCCCAUCGCGGAAGAACCCCCGACGGGGAGAAGAGGAAGAAUGGUUGCUCUCUUCCGGGGUGCCCCUUCCAUCAAACAUUAAGAAACUUGGCUCACAAGUCUUUCCCAGACGGUUGCCGGGUUCGAGACUGCUAUUUGGGACCCCCGGGCGAAUCCUCCUCGGAAUAUUUCAGCUCACCGUGCCUUCCGAGGCCGAAGGCCAGCGAAGUCCCGGGGUCGAAAGAAGCCGAUGGCGGCCGCAACUUCUCCGAGGAGAAAAGGAAAGAGCUGCUACUCCAGAAAAUGGAGCUGGAAAUCGAGAAGGAACGCCUGCAGAAUUUGUUAGCUGAGCAAGAGGCCAAACUUCUCCAGCAGCAAGAGCAGCUCCGGCAAUCCAGGCGGGAUUAUCAUCGGUUUAAAGGCCACGCUGGCAAUUCGGACGACAGGCAGACGGGGGAAGAAGCCCCGGUGGGACCAGGCUCUCUGGCUCCGGCCACAAACGGGAUUGGUGAUGGCCUCAG